AUGUCAACAUCAGAGAACACAACAAUUGCUAUCGUUCAUGAAGCCAUAAAUGAAGAAUACGAGUACAUACAGUAUAACAAACAGUUACGUCUUAUUCGUUCAGUCAAAGAUGACAUGUACCAAAUGCAAAGUAUUUUGAAUGCUCUUCUUUCUACAAAGCAAGCAUAUCAUUGGUUUGAAAACCAACAGGCAAAAGAACUUUUAGAAGAAUUUCCUCAUAUGAUUGCUUCCCUCGGAAAACCGAGGGAAGAGAUUCCGUACGAAAAUCGCAAGAAUUUGGCUCCUGGUUUGAAAGGUUAUUAUGUUCAUAGACUUUUAGUAAAUGCUGUAGCAAUGUGGGCUUCACCUCGUUAUGCUUGUUAUAUUUUCAUGAUGUUAGAUGAACUAUAUAAAGCAGAACGUGGAGAGAUGGAAAAGAAACUUCAAGCAAAAGAUGAAGUCAUUGAAUCCAAAGACAAAAGCAUACAGAAAAGAAUACCACGUUCAG